AACCUCAUUAGCAGAAUCUCAACUUCAGACCCGCCAGCAAAUUAAGAAAUUAGAGGAGUUGCAGCAAAAAGUUUCCUACAAAGGGGACCCCAUUGUACAGCAUCGACCAAUGCUGGAGGAGAGAAUUGUAGAGCUGUUUAGAAACUUAAUGAAAAGUGCCUUUGUGGUUGAGCGGCAGCCUUGCAUGCCCAUGCAUCCUGACCGGCCCUUGGUCAUCAAGACUGGUGUCCAGUUUACUACUAAAGUCAGGUUGUUGGUAAAAUUCCCUGAGUUAAAUUAUCAGCUUAAAAUUAAAGUGUGCAUUGACAAAGACUCCGGGGACGUAGCAGCUCUCCGAGGAUCCCGGAAAUUUAACAUUCUGGGCACAAACACGAAAGUGAUGAACAUGGAAGAGUCCAACAAUGGCAGCCUUUCUGCAGAGUUCAAGCACUUGACCCUCAGGGAGCAAAGAUGUGGCAAUGGGGGCCGAGCAAAUUGCGAUGCCUCCCUGAUUGUGACUGAGGAGCUGCACCUGAUCACCUUCGAGACGGAGGUAUAUCACCAAGGCCUCAAAAUCGACCUGGAGACGCACUCCUUGCCCGUUGUGGUGAUCUCCAAUAUUUGUCAGAUGCCAAAUGCCUGGGCUUCCAUACUAUGGUACAACAUGCUGACCAACAACCCCAAGAACGUGAACUUUUUCACCAAGCCCCCAAUUGGAACCUGGGAUCAAGUGGCCGAAGUGCUGAGCUGGCAGUUCUCCUCCACCACCAAGCGAGGCCUGAGCAUUGAGCAGUUGACUACGCUGGCAGAGAAGCUCUUGGGGCCUGGUGUGAACUACUCAGGGUGUCAGAUCACAUGGGCUAAAUUUUGCAAAGAAAAUAUGGCUGGCAAGGGCUUCUCCUUCUGGGUCUGGCUGGACAAUAUCAUUGACCUUGUGAAAAAGUAUAUCCUAGCCCUUUGGAACGAAGGGUACAUAAUGGGCUUCAUCAGUAAGGAGCGAGAGCGGGCCAUCUUGAGCACCAAGCCCCCAGGCACCUUCCUGCUAAGAUUCAGUGAAAGCAGCAAAGAAGGAGGAAUUACCUUCACUUGGGUGGAGAAGGACAUCAGCGGGAAGACCCAGAUCCAGUCUGUGGAGCCAUAUACCAAACAGCAGCUGAACAACAUGUCAUUUGCUGAAAUCAUCAUGGGCUAUAAGAUCAUGGAUGCCACCAACAUCCUGGUAUCUCCGCUGGUCUAUCUCUACCCUGACAUUCCUAAGGAGGAGGCAUUUGGAAAGUAUUGUCGGCCAGAGAGCCAGGAGCAUCCUGAAGCUGACCCAGGUAGUGCUGCCCCGUACCUGAAGACUAAGUUUAUCUGUGUGACACCAACGACCUGCAGCAAUACCAUUGACCUGCCGAUGUCCCCCCGCACUUUAGAUUCAUUGAUGCAGUUUGGAAAUAAUGGUGAAGGUGCUGAGCCCUCAGCAGGAGGGCAGUUUGAGUCCCUCACAUUUGAAAUGGACUUGACCUCGGAGUGUGCUACCUCGCCCAUGUGAGGAGCUGAGAACGGAAGCUGCAGAGAGAUGUAUCUGAGGCACCCACCUGUGUCGUGUUCCACCACCCUUUAAACAGCCAAACCCCAGAUCGUCGGAAACUCCUAGCUUUGUGGUUCCAGACUUUUUUUUUUUUUUUAAUCUCCUCCUUUUGCUAUCUUCAGCAAUCUGGGCACUUUUUAAACUAAAGAGAUGACUGAAUGUAGGUGAUAUGCUUUUACCUAAACAUGAGUAAGAACGCUUCUCUGAGACUGAUCGGGGGUGUGGAAGGGGGCGGCAAGAGGAAGCAAAAGGAAGUGUCUUGUGUUCUUUUUGUUCCUCUGUCCUUCUUUCUCAGCAGCUUUUUGUUGUUGUUGUUAGACAAGUGCCUACUGGUGCCAGUGGCGCCCCUCUGCCUGUCUCUAUAAGCUAAUGUCACAGGCUGCCUCUAGCUACGUACUGCUGGCAUUGCACUUUUCACCUUGCUAACAUCCAAAUAGGAAAGAGGACUAUCAAAGCCCCUAGGUUUCUUUUUAAAUUAAAAAAAAAAAAUUAAAGGGCAGAAGAAAAACCCUUACAGGCAUAGCCUUUUCUGUAGUUGAGAAUAUUCAG